ACGAAUUUCCUCGCCGCACCGAAAGUGCGAGCAAUUUAUACAUGUGAGGUUUCAUUUUCCAGCGAUUUAUGACAAUUUCAUAUUUUCGUGAAUAAAUAUGCUCACCCUGAAUGGACGACUGGGAAGCAGAAAAGUAGCACAGAAAUUAUUAGCGAGACUCCAAUCAACCAGAGAUGCGGCUAAUACUCAGAGCAUUGAAAUACCAAAAAGAAUAGACCGAGGUCCUACUGAUAUUCUGCGGGCUCUUGCAAGCACAGUAGGAAAAGAUCUGACCGCAGCUCACUACAAAUAUCACGAUGAUCCAUAUUUCAUUCCAUUAUCGAACAGAACAAAACGAGCUUAUGCUUUGUCUCAAGAAGCUGGAAGAAAGGCUGCUAUAUGGAUCAGAAAGGAGCAUGCUGAUCUUUUUGAACAGAGAACUGCUGAUCCCAUCAUUAAGGAUUUUUUGCCACGAGCAGUUUAUGAUGAAAGCAGCAAAGUAACGGAACAAACACUACGUGAUGCAAUACGUCAUGCACAACCAUCCGAUGCAAUAACCAUAUAUCGAUUGUUAAAAAAGGAUGGUGUUAGUCUUAAGACAAAACAAGAUUUGUUAGAAUUGUUGUGCUACUGCAACGACGAAGAACCCACCAGCGAUCAGUUCCCAGAGGAACGUUGGUUUAAAAGAUCUUUACAACAAAUAAGACCUAAAUGGGCAUCGAAUGACAUAGUGGACGAACUGUUUACAUCAUUAACUAAUGAAGACAAUGCAACUGCAACUACAGCCUACAAUGCUUUGAUUUGUGGUACUGCAAAGUACUUGAAGGUGGACAAAGCCUGGCAUUUAUAUGAAGAAUGUUUGAACAAAGGAUUGCCGAUACAUAUACAAAGUUUUAAUAACAUCUUGAAACUGGUUCAAUUUGCUAACAAUGCUGGAACUCAAAGAAUUAAAUUCAUGACAGAAAUACUGGAAGUAAUGUCUCGAAACAACGUUCGACCAAACAUUGGAACUUUCAAUGUCGCUUUAAAACUUGCAGCCUCGGUACAAUGCCCCGAGCCUGGAAGAAGUGUUGCUCUUUCUAUUUACAAAGAAAUGACAAAUGCCGGUGUGGAGCCAUCGCCUGGAACUUACUAUUAUUUACUCACUAUUUUCUGUCGCAACAGUGGACCACAGAGUGAAAUUUUGAUAGACAUUUUGGAUAAACUCGAGGGAAAAGAAUUGGAAGUUACGGAUUUUGAAGAUAUAUUAUUCUUUUUAAAAGCUAUGGAUGUUGCUAAGAAUCACUUGAACAAUAUUGAUGUAGGCCAUAGGAUACACAAACUUCUACUUACUGGCAAGAACUACAACUUGAUUGGUGAUAAUUAUAUGGAAAGUGUAUAUUUUCGCCAAUACUUGACAUUAGUGGUACGAUCAGAGUCGAUUGACUCAUUCAUGGAAUUGUACAAUACGGUUGUGCCGAAUAUUUACAUCCCGGAGCCAGAUGUGAUGACUGAAAUAUUACUAGCUGUCGAGAUAGCUGGUCCAUCAGUCGCGGAAAGUUUGAUUCCCCAAUUAUGGUCGCAUAUGGUGAUGUUUGAGCACACGCAACGAGAGAAUCUUAUAACUCACUUACUCAACAUUAUGCACACGACUUGCAAACCCUCCUCUGACUCGGUCGGGAAUACGCAUUAUGCGGACAUUGCUUGGGAUAUUUGGAAUCGUAUAGAGUGUGAAAAACCUGCCCACUCGACGGUAAUUAAAUGGAAUGCAGAAAUGCUUGGAAAUGUGGCUGGUUUGUUAAUCCGUGGAGGAUAUUUUGACAAAAUGCUCACUGUACUAGCACAUCUCAUAGAGAAGCAGGGCAUUUAUACUGGAGUACUCUCGAAAGAGCAGUUAGAUAGUAUUUUAAAUGCGUGUCUUGAAAAUGGUCAUGCAAGUGCAGCUUUCAGUGUAAUAUCAUAUGUUGCAAACAAUGGCAUCGAUGGUGCUGGUCAAAUGGGAUACAAAUUGAUAAACACGUUAUCUCUAGACUCUGCACAAGAAGCAAAAUUAAUUAAUCUAGUGGGUAAAGAAGUUCUUCAACUUCAUCUUGCAUAAUCACUAUUGUAAGAUCUACUCAAGUAUUAGAGUAUUUAAUAAUUCUUUCGCUAUUUGUUGGAUUUCACUUGUCGUGAACCAUAUUUGUAAAUAAAAUAAAAAUUCAAUA